GUUCAUAUACGUUUACUGAAUUUUUAUAAUUUUUUUAAUGACGCCUAACAAUUUAUUUUAGUUUUUAAAGUGCAAGAGUCAGUAUGGAAGUUUUUUAAAAAUUGUGCAAAUACCAAAAGAAAGCAAUUUUAAUGAGAUUAAAGCAAGAUAUUAAGGAAUAAUGAAAUGUGAUCGUAAAAAAAUUAAAAAUUAACAUUAAGUAAAGUUCGAGAAAGAGAUAGAAAGACAGAAACCAGAGGAAAAUACCUGAACAACACUACGACAAAGAAGGAAUUUAAUCAGAAUAUAUAAUAUAUUCUUUCCAUACGAAAAACAGCAAGCAAGCAAACUGACUUGAAAUUUGUGAGAAUAGCAAUAACAUAGACUGUUCACUACUGAAAAACAGCAAAUAUAAAAUUUCUUCUUCUUACGGGAAAGAAUAAGAAGAAAGAAUUGGGAAGUUACUAGGAAAGCAGAAAAUCAUAAAGUGUAGCGAUGAUGAUGCACACGAGAAAGUGCAAUUGCACAUACAACUACAAUGUGAUAGUAGUAGCAAUAAUCUUCAUAGCAAUCGCUACACAACAAUAUGUGCAUGCAUUGCCGAACAAAGAUGUUCAACCUAGCAUUAAAAUAAACAAAUGCUGCGAAAAAUUCGAGAUUUAUGUUGAUGGACGGUGUACGAUUGCUGAGACUGUUAAUGCAUCUAUUUGGUCACCCAUAUUCACCGGAUAUAAUGGAAAAGCGAAUGUUAAGGUUGAAACACCCCAGUUAAUGAUUGGGCUUCCCGAUUGCGGUAAAAUGCAGAUGUGGCCUGUUUAUAAUGAUCCGCAGAACCACGACUAUUUAUUUUUAUUUCCCGACGGUAAGCUCGGACACUAUAUCAGAAAGAACGAAAGGAUUGAAGAAGAUGAAGACUACGACGAGAGUAACGAGCAAGCAGAAAUUGAGCAUCUACUGAGAGAGCGUAGUGAGAAAUUUUUGUAUCAUGAUUUUGAACAGGGACAUUAUUGUCUUGAAAAGGCACUGUUCUCGAAUAAGACAUCAGAUACAUGGCAUUUUGCUUAUGUAUGCUCACCGGGAAAAGUUAUAAAUUGGACAGACACGGAUUUCCUACUUAGAAAGAUUCUUAAUCCAUUAUUUCAUGGAAUCUCAAUGAUAAUACUUUUAAUUGUAGCUAUAAUUUAUUUUGUGCUACCGACAUUAAGAGAUUUGGUUGGGAAUAUCAUCACAACCAUAACUUUAUGCUUAAUUAUCAGUCAAGCUGCUGAUUUAGUUAAAAUCUUUACGGAAUACAGCAAUCACAUUAGCUAUAUGAUUGCUGAUAUCAUUUUGUAUUCAAGUCUACUAGGCGCCUUCUUCUGGCUUAAUAGUAUGGGUUUCUACAUUUGGAAGACAUUCAAAUCACGAAAUGUAUUUUUACGUGUGACGGAUGGAAGGAAAUAUUGUUGGUAUUCCGCUUAUGCAUGGAGUAUGACGGGAUUAUUGACGCUACUUGCAAUAUUCGCACAUUUCUUCUUAGACACAGGAACUAUAAAGAAGCAAUAUAUAUUUGAGGAUCAAGAAACGAUCGGAUGGUUGGGAAUGGCUGUAUUCUUCACACCCAUUGCAUUUAUUAUAAUUAUUAACUUAUUUUUUUACGUAACAACUUUGAAAGUCAUGAACAGAAUUAAUUCAUACGGAAGGAUUCACAACAAAUUAAAGAACAAUUUCAUUAUGUUUAUCUUGAUAUUCAUAACUAUGAGCGUUGCAUGGAUAUUCUUUAUACUCUCGUGGCUAAAGUAUGACUCAUUACUUUACACACAUAUCAUAACAAAUGCACUACAAGCACCAGUGAUAUUUUAUGUUUGCAUUAUAAAGCAGAAGCAUGUGAGCUUUUUAUUGAGGAAGACGUGUUGCUACAAUGAGCCGGUUACUCAUGCAGCUGGUGCUGAAUGGAAUUACGGAGAUGAAUUGACUUAUAUGAACGGUCGGAACGAUUAUUGAGCAUUUUGAACGAGUCAAACAAUCCCAAAAAUAAUUGUACAUUCCCUGAGAAUCUCAAAACAAUUUAUAAAUGAGCCCAAGUCCGAAAUAAAAUGUUAAAUUUGUACUUAAGAAUACAUUUUUGUCU